AUGUGCGGUUGCACAGAUGGAUGUUCCCUUGCAGGGAUGAGUGUUCCACGUUAUGAGCUCGCAGAAGAAGAAAUGCCCCCCAGGACUGCUGCGCGUUUCAUCCAUGAUCACUUGCUCCUGGACGGAGAACCUCAGCUUAACUUGGCUUCCUUCGUGACGACGUACAUGGAAGAGGAAGCCGAAAAGGUGGGACCUGUACUCUUGAACGUCAACUUUAUCGACGUGGAAGAGUAUCCCGCAAGCGGUGAAAUUGAAACACGUUGCGUGAACAUGAUCGCACGGCUAUUCAAUGCACCACUCGAUAGGCCCGAUGCGGAGGCUCUGGGUGUAUCUACAAUUGGAUCUUCAGAGGCCAUUAUCCUCUCAGUGCUUGCUGCCAAACGCAGGUGGAAGAACAAGCGCGUAGCUGAGGGCAAGAGCACGGACCAUCCCAACAUCGUGAUGAGUGCUGCUGUACAAGUAUGCUGGGAGAAGGCUGCUCGUUACCUAGAAGUUGAGGAACGGUAUUGGUUCUGCAAGCCAGGCCAGUAUGUCAUCAAUCCCAAGGAGGCAGCAGAUCUUGUAGAUGAGAACACAGUCCUUGUCGUUGCCAUUUUGGGGACGACAUACACAGGUCAAUACGAAGACGUAGCAACGCUCAACGACGAGCUAGAGAAGAAGAAUAGAGAAGCAGGGUUGGACGUCCAAAUACACGUCGAUGCAGCCAGUGGUGGUUUCGUUGCACCAUUUAUCAGGCCUGAUUUGGUUUGGGAUUUCAGGCUUCCGCUUGUAUCUUCUAUCAACGUGUCAGGUCAUAAAUACGGCUUGUCAUACGCUGGUGUUGGGUGGGCCAUCUGGAGGAAUAAAACUUUCCUUCCAGACGAUAUCUUGUUCACUGUCAACUAUCUCGGCUCGCCCCAGGUGUCUUUCACGCUUAAUUUUUCCAAGAGCGCAGUUCAAGUCAUUGGUCAAUACUAUCAGCUCCUUCGUCUCGGCAAGGCGGGUUACCGAGCUAUUAUGACGAACUUAACAGCUACUUCCGAUUACUUGGCAGAACAAGUUCUUUCCAUUAAAGAUGGAGAGCUUUUCGAGCUCUUGAGUGAUAUUGGUGGAGCAGGGUUACCGUUAGUUGCCUGGAAACUCAAGAAAGAGUUGAAAUAUGAUGAAUUCGCGAUUGCUCGUGAUCUCCGUCAGAGGGGUUGGAUUGUACCUGCGUACACUAUGGCACCCAAGACCGAAACUAUGAAGCUCCUCCGUGUUGUUGUCAGAGAGGACUUCAGCCGCGAUCGAUGCGAAGCAUUCCUUACUGAUCUCCGGCACACGAUUGAGCAUCUUGAAACAACUCCUAAAGUUGUCCUUGAUCAUCUUGAUAAUUCUCAUCAGGCCAACAUUCACAACAAAGCAAGUCGAAGCGAGAAGUACGUGCCUGAUGAGGCAUUUCGAAUAUUAUCCUUGGCAAUGUCUAAUCGUCCUUCUUCAUCCUCUUCGCGUCGAUUUUCUAUUCCAUGGGUUUGGUAUUAUGCGCUGAUAUCUUGCGGUCGUCGACGUAGGCAUCACCAUCACGAGAAACAUUCGCUUUCUGGAAAGUAUGGGAAGACGCAUGGCGUGAGUGCUAGUUGUGUUUUGUUCUCCGCGUGUCAUUUUGCGGUGAAAAUUGGACAUGGUGCUAAACCUCUUUUCUUGCGCAGGUGUGUUGACAGCGGGUUUGUUUGGGGGACUUACUCUGUAAAGUGCAAGUGCGAAAUCUGUAGGCUGUUGCCAUUGUAUAGUACGUAUUGGGUUCUGUGUGUGAAAAACUAA